CAAGCACAUCCACCCCAUCUUUUUGUUCAAUCCAAAAACCAUCUCGCUAAUAACUUCAAUUCCAUCUCCACUCGGUCAUUCUAUUGAUCUCAUUAAUCAAAGGGAAAUUUAAUCAUUUUCCAAGCAAAACAUCAAAUUCAUAUCCACCCUCAUACACAAUUGUUAAGCCGCAAUCAUGGGUUUGACAUUCUCGAAGUUAUUUGACCGUCUCUGGGGAAAGAAGGAGAUGAGAAUCUUGAUGGUCGGUUUGGAUGCUGCUGGUAAAACUACAAUUCUGUAUAAGCUCAAGCUUGGUGAAAUCGUCACAACUAUCCCAACCAUCGGUUUCAACGUCGAGACUGUCGAGUACAAGAAUAUUCAAUUUACCGUGUGGGAUGUUGGUGGACAAGAUAAGAUCAGACCUCUGUGGAGACAUUACUUUCAAAACACCCAGGGUAUCAUUUUCGUUGUAGACAGCAACGAUCGUGAUCGUGUGGUCGAGGCUCGUGAGGAAUUGCAGAGAAUGUUGAACGAGGACGAGCUUAGAGAUGCCAUUCUUUUGGUCUUUGCCAACAAACAAGAUUUGCCAAACGCCAUGAACGCUGCAGAAAUCACAGAUAAAUUGGGUCUCCACAGCUUGAGACAACGCGCCUGGUACAUUCAAUCUACUUGCGCUACAUCUGGAGAUGGUCUUUACGAGGGAUUGGAAUGGCUCGCAACGACCCUCCGCAAGACUGGUCACAACUAAGUACAACAUCGAUCCUCAACCUUUAUACCACGAUUGUGUUUGCAAGAUACUACAAAACCAAUCAAAACGUUCACAUCUCUACCGCUCCUCCAAAUUGGUCAUUGGUGCAUCUCUCAAACUUAUUCUUGUGUCUUCAGCGGUCCACAUCAAUGAGAGGCGCAAGGGUGGGAAAUGUAUGAUGAUUUAAGCUCUUACGUCUUCUUAUGGCUAGGAAUCUCGUUUUAGCUAUGAUUCCACGGGGCUUCCUCUUUGUCUUUUUUUGCGUGCGUUUUUCUGGUGUCAUCCAUCUCCUACGUUCUGUUUCUUGCCAUCUCUUGUGUGCAGCAUGGUAUACAAAAAGCAGAAGUUAGAUGGAAGAUCAAGGUAGUCUAGUCCGGA